AUGGAAAAGGACACAACUUUGGGUAUCGUGUGCGCAGUGGUGUCUGCUAUCACGUUCGGCUCGACGUAUGUCCCUUUAAAGUGGUUCCAUAAAGGUGAUGGUCUGUAUUUUCAAUGGGUUCAAUCUCUGGGACAACUCCUUGUCGGGGUUACUGUAGCACUGACCACUACGCCGGCACCGAUUCAUCCCAUUGCGAUGUUGAGUGGCAUGUUUUAUUCGAUUGGCGUCGUCGGCUGGGCGGUCACCCGGUUCGGUCUAUUCGCUAACCCUCAACAACACCCGAGAAGCGAUUGGUUGAACAUUCUAGGAGUGGUUACUGUAUGUGUGGGCGGAGCUAUCUAUGCACCAAUUAAACAUAUCCCGUCGAGAGUUCGACCAGCGCCAUGGAGUGUUGAGGAGGAUUAUAAGACGGAUCCGUUGGUGGUGCAAGAGGUUUCGUGUACCAGGAGAAUCAUCUGCCUAUUCCUCACCAUCUUCGUCGGAUUCCUCUACGGUAACUUCCUCACCCCAAUCAACUACAUCAUUGCCAACGAACCGGGAUCCCACCAAGACGUCCGCGCGUAUAUCCUAUCUUAUUGUCUUGGUUCCUUUGUCACCUCUACCGUAAUCUUCUUUUUCUACGCAAUUUUCAAAAAGAACACCCCACUGGUCAACGCGGAGCUCUCGAUGCCUUCCAUUGUCUCAGGGAUACUGUAUGGUAUUGCUGUCACCACGUUUUUCAUGGCAAAUCAGCAUUUGGAUCAGGUCAUCGCCUACCCAAUCCUGUCAAAAGCACCAGGAAUUAUUGUUAGCUUGUGGGCAAUCUUUUUGUUUAAGGAAAUCCAGGGAAAGAAGGAUAUUAUACAAUUGUAUAUUGGUAUUGGUGUCACUUUACUUGGUAUCGCUUUUAUUUCGCUGUCAAAAGUUGAAUUUUGA